AUGACCCGCUCAGUGCGCGAGAUUGUCCACCUCCAGACCGGCCAGUGCGGUAACCAGAUUGGAGCCAAGUUCUGGGAGGUCGUCUCCGAGGAGCACGGCAUCCAGGCCGACGGUUCGUACAAGGGCUCGUCGGACAUUCAGCUCGAGCGCAUCAACGUCUACUACAAUGAGGCCGCUGCCGGCAAAUACGUUCCCCGCGCCGUCUUGAUUGACUUGGAGCCGGGAACUAUGGACUCUAUCCGUAGUGGCCCCCUCGGCACCCUCUUCCGCCCCGACAACUUUGUCUUUGGCCAGAGCGGUGCUGGUAACAACUGGGCCAAGGGCCACUACACUGAGGGCGCCGAGCUCGUCGACUCGGUCCUCGACGUUGUCCGUCGCGAGGCCGAGGGCUGUGACGCCCUCCAGGGCUUCCAGAUCACCCACUCGCUCGGUGGUGGUACCGGUGCCGGUAUGGGUACCCUCCUCAUCUCCAAGAUCCGUGAGGAGUACCCCGACCGCAUGAUGUGCACCUUCUCGGUCGUCCCCUCGCCCAAGGUCUCGGACACUGUCGUCGAGCCCUACAACGCCACCCUUUCGGUCCACCAGCUCGUCGAGAACUCUGACGAGACUUUCUGUAUCGACAACGAGGCGCUCUACGACAUCUGCUUCCGUACCCUCAAGCUCUCGACCCCCACCUACGGCGACCUCAACCACCUUGUUUCGGUUGUCAUGUCGGGUGUCACCACCUGCCUGCGUUUCCCCGGUCAGCUCAACUCGGACCUCCGCAAGCUCGCCGUCAACAUGGUGCCCUUCCCCCGUCUGCACUUCUUCAUGGUCGGCUUUGCGCCCCUCACGUCGCGUGGCUCGGCCUCGUACCGCGCCGUCUCGGUGCCCGAGCUCACCCAGCAGAUGUUCGACGCCAAGAACAUGAUGGCUGCUUCCGACCCCCGCCACGGCCGUUACCUCACCGUCAUGUGCAUCUACCGCGGCAAGGUCUCGAUGAAGGAGGUCGAGGACCAGCUCCAGACCGUCCAGGCCAAGAACUCGGCCUACUUCGUCGAGUGGAUCCCCGGAAACGUCGCCGCUGCUCAGUGUGACAUUCCUCCCCGUGGCCUCAAGAUGUCGUCGACCUUCAUCUGCAACUCGACCUCGAUCCAGUCGCUCUUCAAGCGUAUUGGCGAGCAGUUCUCGGCCAUGUACCGCCGCAAGGCCUUCGUCCACUGGUACACUGGUGAGGGCAUGGACGAGCUCGAGUUCUCCGAGGCCGAGUCGAACCUUGCCGACCUUGUCGCCGAGUACGUCCAGUACCAGGAGGCCUCGGUCGACGACGAGCUCUACGACGAGGAGCAGCUCCUCGAGGAGGAGGAGGACCAGCUUUAA